AUGGCCAAGAGACCCUUCAAGUUGGAACACCCCCUCGAGAGGCGACAGGCAGAAGCUGCUCGAAUCAGGGAAAAGUAUCCUGAUAGAAUUCCGGUUAUUGUGGAGAAGGCAGAAAAAAGUGAUAUACCAGACAUUGAUAAGAAGAAAUAUCUGGUUCCUGCUGAUCUGACUGUUGGACAAUUUGUGUAUGUUGUCCGAAAGAGGAUUAAGCUCAGUGCUGAAAAGGCCAUUUUUAUCUUUGUCAAGAACAUUCUUCCGCCAACUGCUGCUAUGAUGUCUACAAUUUAUGAGGACAAUAAGGAUGAGGAUGGUUUCCUAUACAUGACUUACAGUGGGGAGAACACAUUUGGAGCAUUCUGA